GUUAGCCUAUAUGUCGCCUUUGUGGUGUUGAUUGUGAUUUUGUUUAAAAUGUUAACACAUUGUUACCGGUUUUGUUAUGUGGCUAUAGACAUCUGUUUCUACGAGUGGCCAAAGGUUUUAACGCACGCUGACAUUUCAUCCGGAUCUGUACAAGCGAACAUUUUCAGGUCCAGAUGUCUUCAGGAGGAGUCAGUUCUGGGUCCAGUUUUGACCGGGUGCGAGACAUCCCACACUAUGACCAGGUCCCUGUGGGAUCAUUAUGGCAUGACCUGGAUCUUCCAGCCCCCCCGGAACCCUUACAUGGAACAGUACCAGCAGUAAGCUUAGACCCACUUCCCCCUCCCCCGCUACCUGAACGGCCAGCUGUUGGGCUUGAAUCCUUCCCCCACCCUGGCCAUGAUGAGCCAAUGGAGGAUGACUGUGACACCAUGGAUAUGAAGCCGGUUCGCCGCUUCAUUCCUGACUCGGUCAAGAAUUUCUUCCGUGGCAGCAGCGGGACCCAUGACAGCAUGGGUUGGGUCCUUCCCCCUCCUUCACAACAUCUACCUGCCUCUUAUUCCCCUGCCCCAUCUUCUAGUAAGAGCACCAACUGCCGCACCACAGCAGGAGUCCCUUGCUCACCUCCCAACUCCCCCCCUCCAUCUCCUUCUCUUCAAGGGUCAUAUCGGGACCCCUACGGCGGAUCUGGGGGAAGCUACACCUCUCAGAAAGAGAGAGACGUGCUGCUGCUUGGCGCUGAAGCUCUUGAUUCUGCAUCUGCGGUGCCUACCAAUUUUUCGGCUCUGACCUACCAUGAGCGGGUGGAGGAGUACCACCUGCGCUACGCCUACAUGAAGUCCUGGGCUGGCCUGCUGCGGAUCCUGGGCUGUGUGGAGCUGCUGUUGGGAGCUGCUGUGUUUGCCUGCGUCUGUGCUUAUGUUCAUAAGGACAACGAGUGGUUCAAUAUGUAUGGAUACUCCCAGCCACAGAUGUUUGGGGGGCUGGGUGGUGGUGCCAGUGCCUAUGGACAGAGCAGUGGUUACUACACAGGCCCCAAAACACCUUUUGUCCUAGUGGUGGCUGGUCUAGCGUGGAUAGUGACUGUUAUUAUGGUCGUUCUUGGGAUGACAAUAUACUACAGAGCCAUACUUCUGGACUCUUCUUGGUGGCCAGUCACAGAGUGUUCCAUCAACCUAGUGUUGGCGGUGCUGUAUUUAGCAGCAGGGAUAGUGUAUGUGAGGGACACCACUCGAGGGGGGCUGUGCAACCUGCCGGUCUUCAAUAAUGGAGUCAAUGGGGCGUUUUGUCGCACUGAAGCCGGCCAGAUAGCAGCCAUGGUCUUCCUCUUCAUCACCAUGGCUCUCUAUUUCAUCGGUGCAGGAGUAUGUCUGAAGCUGUGGAGACAUGAAGCAGCCAGGAUGAAGAAGGAAGGGCUCGCACAUGAGAUGAAAACCAUUGGAUCAACAGUCCCUCUGUCCAUACUGGGUCCAGCCUCCAGAGUCUCGGAGCAGACCCCGCUGCCCACUCUCCAGCCUGACAUCAUGGACAACCCUUCGGCUGCUCCUCUAAUGGUGCUGGAGCCAGAGAUCCUCAGAGGUCACAUUCCAGCUGGACACAUCCCCAAACCUGUCGUUAUAGCAGACUAUGUGGCGAAAUACUCCACCAUCCGCUCCGAGGAGCAGAGGGACCAGUACAAGGCUGUGUUCAACGACCAGUACGCAGAGUACAAGGAGCUGCAUGCUGAGGUGCAGGCCAUGGCCAGGAAGUUUAAUGAGAUGGACGAGAUGAUGCACAAUCUUCCCUCUAGGCCUUCCAGCCAAAUGGAGAAGGAGCGGAUCAGUAACAUGUUAAAGGAGUAUCAGAAAAAGAAAACUGAUCCAACAUAUUUGGAAAAAAGAGAGAGGUGUGAGUACCUGAAGAACAAGCUCUCUCAUAUCAAACAAAAGAUUCAGGAGUAUAACAAGGUCAUGGACUGGAGCGAUAAUAUCCAGGGGGAUAACAGUAUGCCGUACCACAAACGCAGCCCCCAACCGUACCGUCCCAGUAAUGGCAAACACCACAGCAGCAGACACAGGCACAGUGAGCCCAUGUCCAACCCAACCUUUUCAUACUACCCAGGAGAUAAAAAGCUUGAAUUCUACCGCUGGACUUCCCCACCUGGAGUCAUGAAGAUAUUGUGUAUCAUCAUCAUCAUCAUGUGUGUUGCUGUGUUUGCCUGCGUGGCCUCCACACUGGUCUGGGACUACGAUAUGGGCCUCAUGGGUAUGGGAGGUGGAGCUGGCAUGUUGCCAGGUUAUGGUGGCUCAUAUAGCAGCGGUGGUUCAUAUGGCAACAGUGGAUCCUAUGGGGCCGGUGGCUCAUAUGGCGGCACUGGUUCAUUUGGAAGUGGCUAUGGAGGAGGUAGUGGCGGUUCCUAUGGCUAUGGAGAAACACAAAUGGACCCCAAAGCUGGAAAAGCCUUCCUCAUUGCCAUCUCUGCCAUUGCCUUCAUAGCCGUGCUAAUAAUAUUUGUGCUGGUUGUUUCAAGGCAAAAUGCUGCCCGCUCACCAAAGUUCUACCUAGCAACCAUCAUCAUCUGUGCCAUCUUGGCAUUUCUGAUGAUCAUCGCCACAAUUGUGUACCUUGUGGCCGUGAACCCAACAGCCCAGUCCACAGGAUCAAUGGCCUAUUCCCAGAUCCGCCAACUGUGUGCCCAGUACCAGAACCAGAACCAAGCCCAAGGCAUCUUCCUCAACCAGUACCUCUACCAUUACUGCGUGGUGGAGCCCCAAGAGGCUAUAGCAAUUGUCCUGGGCUUCCUGGUGUUUGUCGGUCUCAUCAUCCUGCUGGUGUUUGCAGUCAGGACUCGCUCCAUGAUCAGGCGCUGGGGCGAGGAUCGCAUUCUCUGGGAGGAAGUGAAGAUGGUCAAUGAUGGUCUUCACAACAGCGUUGGGGAGUGGGUGAAGAAUGUGUCUGGUGACCCAGAGGUGCUGGUGAAUGACUACAAUCCCAAAGUCAGGGGGUCCAGAGACUAUCUGGACCAGCUGGACCAAAACAAGCCUCUUUACUUGCCAGGAGACUCAGACAUCAGCAGUUCUGUAGGCGGCCUGAAGCCCAGGCUGAAGGACUAUGACACUGGAGUGGAGUCCGGAGAUGACCUGGAGGAUGAGGACUUCUAUGUUUUGUUUCCUUCUAUCGUGGAUGAGCAAGAGCGUCUAAACUACAAACGGGAAUUUGACCAGGAGCACCAGGAGUACAAAAGCCUGCAGGCUGAGCUGGACAGCAUAAACCAGGACCUGGCUGAGCUUGACCUAGCUCUGAACCGACACCCUGAGGGUAGUUCACAGUUCCUGGACGCCAUGGAGGAAUACAGCAGACUGAAGAAUCUCAAGAAGACCCCUGGCUACCAGAUCAAGAAGAAAAGAUGUAAAUAUCUCAGAUCCAAAUUGUCACACAUCAAGAGGAAGAUCAGCGAAUAUGACCGCCGGCCUUGAACCUCCUCCUCUGAGCCUGCUGUUCAGAUUUCACAUUUAACCCCCCCACACACACUGUGCCAGUUGCCUUUUUGUGAAACAUCUGUUCCAAACCAAUCAACUGUGGGGUUUUUUCUAUAACAGAAGGGGUGAAGGAAAUUUCUUUUUUUUUUACCAUCAUCUUUAAUCAAUUAUUGAACAUCUGUGAGUUUCAUGAUAAGCCAUUUAGUUGUAUAGAAUGUAUCUAUUUUGUUUUUCUCCGAAAGUUAGAUAGUAGAUGUGAGAUUACAUGGUUUUGUUUCAGCAGCAGACUUUAAACUUGAGCAGUUAUUUUGCUUAUUUUUUAUAACGUUUUUUAAAAACAUGCUUUACAGUUUCAUUAACUAUAACGGCACAGCUAAGAUAAGCUUCUUAUAUCAUUAGCUUUUUUUGUGGAGUUUUUCAGUGCUUAAGGUGAAUCCGUUUUAAUUGUAAGUUCUUGUUAAAGAACUUUGUCAUGGUGGAUGUUAAAAUGAAAAGUGUAACUUAAUGAUUCACGAUUGCUUAGUUCAUUUAAGUUAUGCAACAAAUAUUUGUCUUAAUCUUUCCUAAACAAAAAUCUAAUUGUUAUUACAUUUUUCAAAAUCAAAUAAACAUUCCUGCCUUGCCGGGUGUAGGCUGAAGAAACAGCGCUCCUCUCCGGCCGAUACAGGAACUGUCUUCAACGACUUCAUAUCAGUAUCUUUCAGACAAAUAAUAAAAUAAAACCACAAGUCAUCA